AUGCUUAAAUCAAACAAAUUAACUUCUGAGUCAGCUUUAACUACUAAUAGACCAACUAGUCGUAUAGAUUCUUCAUAUUUAAACAGAGGAACAUCUUAACAUACUUAAAGAUAAAGAACAAACAAAAAAUAUUGGAUUCAAAUCAAUAAAGCUAAUGGAAUUGUUAUGGAUACUUAACCUUACAUUGAAAUUGAAAAGUAUAGAAAAGCUAAUUCAUGUCAUAUCAGAGUAUAAUAGUUUAUUUAAUAAGCCUUCCUUAAAUAGGAAGACAAGUUCUGAUAUAAAAAAUUAAAUAGAUUUUAAUGAGAUUAAACAUUAUAUUUAAGAAGUUGAUAACAAUUAUGAGGAUGAACCAUUUAAUAAUAAUAAGGAUAAUCAAAAAUAAAUAUAAUAAUAUUAAAAUGAGAAGAGACUCCAUCAUUUAAAUUUAAUAUUGACAUAAUUCAGAGAUGGAAUAAAAAGUAGAAAUAUAUCAAAUGAAAUAGAAUCUUAAAAUUAAUAAAGUAUUUAUAUAAUUUGA